CCAUCAGAAGAGCGACAACGCAGCGGAAGACACACAAGAUGGCGGCGAUCGGCGGAUAGACGAGCAUUCGCGCAAACACUCCGACGAUUCGGUGCUGAACUGAGAGAUAAUCGCGACCCGAGGGAUGAUGAGGCUGACCGCGCGGCUGCUGCAGGGACUGCUCGGGACGGCGCGAGGUUAACCGGUGUAGGUACGCUAGGUGACUGAGGAGAAGUUAACGGUAGUGCUGUGACAGAAACGCCCGGCUCUCGGCUAACGUUAGAUUCGGCUCAUUUAGUGCGGCUUAGGAUGAGCGGCGGGCGUCAGCGCUAGUUCCGCUGGUGACGAUGAGCGACACCCGGCGGCGCGUCAAGCUGUACACGCUGAACGAGGAGCGGCAGUGGGAGGACCGGGGCACGGGGCAUGUGUGCUGCUCCCUCACCGACAGCCUGAGGGUCACCGGCGAGGCGGACGGCUCUCUGCUGCUGGAGUCCACCAUCCAGCCCGGCACCGCCUAUCAGAAGCAGCAGGACACGCUCAUCGUCUGGUCCGAGGCGGAGAACUGUGACCUGGCUCUGAGCUUCCAGGAGAAGGCGGGCUGUGACGAGCUCUGGGAGAAGAUCUGUCAGGUGGGUCUCUCUCUCUGUGGGAUGGAUGGUGCUGGGUCCCGUUGGGCAAGGAUCCGUCUGGCCACGCUGUUGGAGGUGAUGUUCUCCGACGACUGCAUCAUGGACGUGGUGGGCUGCCUGGAGUACGAGCCGGCGCUGCUGCAGCCCAAGAGCCACCGCCAGUUCCUCACUGAGACGGCCCGCUUCAGAGAGGUGAUCCCCAUCAGGGACUCGGAGCUGCGGCAGAAGAUCCACCAGACCUACCGCGUGCAGUACAUCCAGGACAUCAUCCUGCCCACACACUCCGUCCUCGAGGACAACUUCCUGUCCACGCUGUCCUCCUUCCUCUUCUUCAACAAAGUGGAGAUCGUCAGCAUGCUGCAGGUGUGUGUGAGUGUGAGUGUGUGUGUGUGUGUGUGUGUGUGUG